AUGCAACUGGCGGAUCCUCACUUCAAUGUGCCGAACCGGGUUGAUAUCCUCAUCGGUGCAGAUAUCUUUUGGGAGUUGCUUACUGGUGAAAUAAUAACAAUACAUUCCAACCAACCUAAGCAAUAUGGAACGCACUUAGGAUUUGUCAUUGGUGGCAAGGUUAUGGUAAAACAACCGUCGCAAAACGUUGUCUCUCUUACAUGCAUGGGCAAUCUACAUGAAGAAAUGCAUAGAUUCUGGCAACAAGAGGAAUUACCAAGCAAGGAUCUUCUGUCAAGGGAAGAGAUCGAAUGCGAGCAGCACUAUCAAUUACAUACGAAGAGGGAAGAAGACGGACGUUACGUUGUCACACUACCUCUCAAGCCUAUUAUUCAAGGUUUAUCCGACACGCGUGAAGCAGCUUUGCGACAAUUCGUGCGAUUGGAACGCCGAUUGCAAAAUGAACCCACAAUCAUGCAGAUGUAUCAAAAAUUUAUGGAGGAAUACAUUCAGCUCGGACAUGCGGAACUGGCCAUCGAGAAUGAACCAAAGGAUUCUCAUCCUUCGUACUACAUGCCACAUCACAAUGUCCUGAAACCGAACAGUAACACUACAAAAUUAAGAGUAGUGUUCAACGCUUCAUUUCGCAUCAAUCCCUACCUGUCACUCAACGAUGUUCUAAAGGUAGGCCCUACAGUACAAGAUGAUCUGUUUACGCUCAUUAUUCGUUUCAGAGGACACAUAUAUGGGCUUACUGCUGAUAUAUCCAAGAUGUACCGACAGAUAAAGGUUGACAGAAAUCAAAGAGCUCUCCAGCGCAUUUGGUGGCGCAAUAAGGAUACAGGCAAGAUAUCCAGCUACCAACUGACGACGUUAACCUACGGUACAUCUAACGCCCCUUAUCUCUUUACGCGCACGUUGAGACAAUUGGCACUAGAUGAACAAGGGUCGUUCCCGCGUACUGCUCAAAUCCUGUCAGAGGACUUCUACGUGGACGAUCUGAUAUGCGGUGCGGAAACCGAAGAACAAGUGACUUCGUUGCAAGCGGAGUUAAUUCAACUGCUGAAACAAGGAGGCUUCGAUCUGCACAAAUGGGCUUCCAAUUGCAAGGAUGUAGCUCACGGUCACUCCGACGUUGUAGAUCUCAUCAAGACAAAUAAGCAACAGAUACUAGGACUGGUCUGGGAAACGCAAACAGAUGAAUUUAUCAUCUCCUGGAACAUCUCUGAUUCGAAGGAGACUCACACUAAGAGGGAGCUUCUUGCGGAAAUAAUGAGGCUCUACGACCCACUAGGUAUAUGCGCACCCAUGAUCUUCAGGGCAAAGUGCCUACUGCAGGAACUUUGGAAGGUGCCUAACGUCCAAUGGGAUGACCCAUUACCGGAUUCAAUACAAAGGGAUUGGAAUAGAUUCCGCAAGCAGGUUACGGGUGAAAUACAAAUACCUCGAUGCAUUCGUCCGCCAUCAUCCAACCAAUUUGAACUACACGGAUUUGGAGAUGCAUCUGAACUCGGAUAUGGAUGUGCACCGUUAAAGAAAUCAACUAUUCCACGGCUGGAACUUUCAGCAGCCUUAAUUUUGGCCGAGUUGACACAAAGGGUAAAGUUGGCGAUGAAAUUGCAUUUUCGGAAGGUUAUACUAUGGACUGAUUCAACCAUCACGUGGCAUCGAAUUCAGUCGGAUCCAUCGCGAUUCUCCACAUUCGUCGCUAACCGAGUCAUGAGAAUUCAGGAAUUAUCAGCUCCGGAACAAUGGAGGCACGUUCCUGGAGAAUUAAACCCAGCAGAUAUAGUUUCCCGAGGAUGUUUGCCGAACGCGCUAAGGGAUUGCGAGACAUGGAUGCACAGGCCGAAAUUCUUACAAGGGGAUACAAGUUGUUGGCCUAACAACGUUUUACAUCAAGAUGACUGCGAAGCCGUAGCGGAUCCGGAGGUGAAGCUGACAUCCAAGUCUAUUGUAUGCAACCUUGGUUCAAGCGAUCCACUAACGUCCAGAUAUUCCAAUCUUAAUCGACUGCUGAGAGUGACGUCAUGGAUUUUACGAUUCAUCAACAAUGUUCGAGGAUCAUCCACAUCUAAUGUUCUAGGACAACUACAAGCAUCAGAAUUAUCCAAGGCUCUCGAGGUAUUAGUACGGCAGGCACAAAGGAAGGAUUUCGAAGGGGAAAUUAAUCUACUAACAACCGGCGCAGAACUCAGCAACAACAGUUCUCUAACGCAUUUACGACCUUUCUUAGAUGACAACAACGUCUUACGAGUAAACGGAAGAUUGCAUAAUGCAGACAUAAACGAGGAUCAACGGCACCCAAUGUUGCUAUCCAGCAAAAAUCCACUCAGUACACUUCUUGCGCGACAUCAUCAUACGUCCAAUUUACAUGCGGGUCCUCAAGCACUGUUAUACUCCCUGCGUCAACAAUUUUGGAUUUUAGGAGGACGAAAUUUAUCGCGACGGAUCGUGCACAAGUGUGUAAGGUGUUUUCGAGCGAGGCCCAGGCUCAUCCACCAAUUGAUGGGUCAGCUACCUCCUGCCAGAGUCAAUCAGACUCGCCCAUUUUCGAAGGUAGGCGUGGACUUUUGCGGACCAUUUAUCUGUAAGCCAAGGGUUCGCAGCAAGGCCUUACUCAAAACCUACAUUUCGGUCUUCGUCUGUUUCGCGACCAAGGCGAUCCACCUGGAGGUGGUCCACAGAUCUAACUACGGAGGAGCAGAUCGCUCACUCCAGGAACUGAAGAAUCUGUUCGAAACUCAACGUCACCAAACAACUUUGCACAACGCUUGCUCCGAGGAGGGCAUAACUUGGCACACCAUAGCACCCAAUUCGCCUCAUUUUGGUGGACUAUGGGAGGCUGCCGUCAAGGCUGCUAAGCACCAUCUUAAACGUGCAUUGGGCUCGAUGUCUUUCACCACCGAAGAGCUUAAUACCGUAGUAAUUCAAGCUGAGGCUUGCCUGAACUCGGGGCCAAUCACACCUAUGUCUACCGAUCCAGCGGACUUAGAAGCUCUCACGCCAGGGCAUUUUCUGGUCGGAGCUCCUUUAAAUGCUCUACCGGAACCAGAUUUGACGGAUAUCAACCUAAACCUAAACCGGCUGUCGAGAUGGCAACGAUUGCAACAGCAGCUGCAAUUAUUCUGGAGACGAUGGUCGACGGAAUACCUAUCAGAACUGCACUCCCGUGCAAAAUGGAACCGGAAGCGAGACAACAUAAACGUAGGAACGAUGGUACUACUUAAGGAUGAGCAACUCCCUCCGAUGAAGUGGACUGUGGGACGAAUCACGGAGUGCCACGCUGCAGCGGAUGGACUAGUGAGAGUCGUUUCCGUAAAAACCGCGCGCGGAUUGUAUAAACGAAAGUGCAAUGUGACCGCGGGUGCGUACAGCAACAACAAGCCCGUGCACACGAUACACGAGUUUUCGCCGAGCGUGCCGCCGGGAUAUAAGAUGUCGAUAGCGCCAUCGCAAAUCAUUUAUCUGCCGAUCAUCACACGGAGUAUUACGGAUCUAACCAUACGUGUUGUCGACCAGAACGGACGAUUACUCGACUUUCGUGGAGAAGAGAUUACCGUUAGAUUGCACGAUCUCUAUACGUUGCCACAUGAAAGUUUUCUGUACAUCGAGGGAAAACUAACUACAGCCAAACAAAUCGAAGGAUCUGAUGUAAUACUGGGAAAUAAUUGCGUCGCGUUCAAGUUCGAUGACAUUCGAUAUGAACUUGACGGCGUUGAGAUUGAUCGUACCAGAAAUGUCGGAAUAACCAUCACGCUCAAGACCUAUGUCUCGACAUCAUUCGAUAAAAUGAUAUCUCUGAAGAAUGCCGCUUGGGAUGUGUCGAACAAUGGGAAGGAAGAUUUCAAUUUUUGCGUACCGCUCAGCAUGCUAUUGGGAUUCUGUGAAGAUUACAAACGCGUGGUGAUUAACGCUCGUCACGAAUUGAUUUUAAUACGAUCGCGCAACGACAGCAAUUGUCUGUUUGGAGCUAUAGCACUGGAGCCGCAGCUUGAAAUAUUCAAGAUACAAUGGCGAAUGCCGCAUGUGCUGUUAAACGAGGUGAACAAGCUAUCGAUGCUGCGUGCUUUGGAAAGCGGACAAUACCUUAACAUGGGUUUUCAUUCAUGGGAUCUCUAUGAGUUUCCACUAUUGCAGCGGACGACUAAGCAUUCGUGGGCUAUUAAAAUGGCUACUCAGCUCGAGAAGCCGCGGUAUGUUAUUUUCGCUCUGCAAACAAAUCGAAAGAAUAUCAUGUCUGAGAAU